AGGGAGUGAUUCAUCUGUCUUUUGUUAAUAAAAAAACUGAUAGUUUUAAGCACGGAUUGUUUGUUACGGCUGUUGGUUGGUAGUACCAACUACCAUGGCCAUCAUCUUCCCAAGUGUUCAUGGCGCGGAGGCGCCGCUCCUAGACGACACUGUCGACGGCUCUGUUGACUUCGAAGGCCGUCCGGUCCACAGGUCCAGCUCCGGAGUAUGGAGAUCCGCCGCUUUCAUCAUAGCCGUGGAAGUAACGGAGAGGUCUGCGUUUCACGGGGUUGGUACGAACCUUAUAACUUAUCUGACAGGGCCACUUGGUCAGUCUACGGCCACCGCAGCAGACAACGUGAACGCGUGGACCGGCACGGCGGCUUUGCUGCCUCUGUUGGGGGCGUUCGUCGUUGAUGCUUACCUUGGACGCUACCACACCAUCAUCGUUGCUUCUCUCGUUUACAUUUUGGGGCUAGGAAUGGUGAUCAUGUCAGCUAUAUUGACUUCUUUGGGUUCUUCUGGCUGCCAAAACGCCAAUAUUGUUGCAACACGUUCUUCUCCUCAGGUCCUAGCUUUUGGAGCAGAUCAGUUUGAUGGACAACACAUAAAGGAGAGGAUGAUAGCCAAAAGCUCCUUCUUCAAUUGGUGGUAUUUUGGUAUAUCCAUAGGGUCUCUCCUGUCGAUUUUGAUCAUUGUGUACAUUGAAGACUAUAUUAGUUGGGCCCUGGGGUUCGGAAUUGUCUUCAUAUUAAUGGCAGUUGGUCUAGUGAUAUUUUUGCUUGGAAGAAAGACUUACAGGUAUGGUGUCAAAGAGAACGACAAAAAUCCUUUUGCAAGAUCAAUUGGUAUGGUGUUCGUUGCUGCUGUUAGGAAUUGGCAUUUUACCACUUCUUCAGUGAUAGUUACCAAUGAAGGGGAAGUUCACCAAACCCCACUUCAGCAUAGUUCAGAUCAAUUCAGGUUCCUGAACAAAGCAUUACAUGCUCCAGAUUGUUCCGGAGAAGCAAGGAAACAGUGCAGCAUCAAAGAUGUUGAAGAUGCCAAGGCACUGCUGAGGCUCAUUCCCAUAUGGGCAACAUGCCUGGUGUAUGCCAUAGUGUUUGCACAAGCCUCAACUUUCUUCACAAAGCAAGGUGUCACCAUGGACAGAACAAUUUCCCAUGGCUUCAAAAUUCCAGCUGCUUCACUUCAAUUCUUCACCAGCAUUGCCGUCACCCUCUUCAUUCCCUUCUAUGACUCUGUUUUCGUCCCCACAGCUCGUGCUUUAACCCGUAAACCCUCUGGUAUCACCAUACUCCAAAGAAUAGGAACUGGGAUAUUUCUGUCUGCCAUUUCCAUGGUAGUUGCAGCUCUAGUUGAGAUGAAAAGGCUUAAAACUGCACAAGAGUACAGGCUAGUGGACAAACCGAACACAACGGUUCCCAUGAAUGUGAGGUGGUUAGUUCCUCAAUACCUCUUGUUUGAUGUUGCUGAUGUCUUCACCGUUGUUGGUAUGCAAGAAUUCUUUAACGAUCAAGUCCAACAUGAGUUAAGGAGCAUGCGACUUUCCUUUUAUCUCAGUGUCAUUGGUGUGGGGAGCAUUUUGAGCAGCCUUAUUGUUUCCACCAUUGAUAAGUUAAGUAGUGCAGAUGGUGGUGACAGCUGGUUUUCAAGCAAUAUCAAAAGAGCUCAUCUUCAUUACUUCUACUGGUUGCUUGGGGGGCUCAGCAUGGUAGGACUGACAGCAUUUGUGCAUUUUUCCAGGUCUUUUGUUUAUGAUAAGGGAUGGCAACUUCAUCUGCUAAUUAGAUUUCUGCAUGCCUUUUCAUGGCAAUGCCAAAUCAAUUGUAAGUAUCAACAGGAGGAGUAUCUCAAUUAAUAAAAGCUUGUUAAUCAGCAAUCUCAAGAUCGAAUUUGGAGAUAAUUAGGUGUUGGCUGGAUGCAAUAUGGUAGUGUGGUGGAUUUGUUGCUGCUACCUGAAAGGAAAGGCCUUUUUUUAAUGAAAUCAAAACAAGUGC